CUUUGUCUCAAAAAAAAAAAAAAAAGAUGUCAAGCCCCUUCUCUUCCUCUCUCCUCUCGUGGUGUGUACUUGACUCUGCUUCUCACCAGAUCUUCUUAUAAGACUUUCAGGAUUAAGCGAUUCCUGGCCAAGAAACAAAAGCAAAAUCGUUCCAUUACCCAGUGGAUUCAGAUCAAAACUGGUGAUAAAAUCGUGUACAACUUUAAAAGGAGACAUUGGAGAAGAACCAAGCUGGGUCUAUAA